GCGGGGAUGACGAGCCCAAUGGUGGCCACCCCGGUCCAGUUCCACACAACCGGCCGCCUCAGCUUCUGCUCCUUUUCCUUUCCCAGCGCAUCAGGGAGGCGGCGAUUCGCGGCGGUGAGGGCGUCCGCGGAGACGAUGGCGACGGAGAAGCUGGGCAUCAAGGUGGAGCGCAACCCGCCCGAGUCCCGUCUCUCCGAGCUCGGCGUCCGCCAGUGGCCCAAGUGGGGGUGCGAGAAGAGCAAGUUCCCGUGGACCUACUCCGCCAAGGAGACGUGCUACCUGCUGCAGGGGAAGGUGAAGGUGUACCCCGAAGGCCACGGGGAGGAGUUCGUGGAGAUCGGCGCGGGAGACCUUGUCGUCUUCCCCAAGGGCAUGAGCUGCACCUGGGACGUCGCCGAGGCCGUCGACAAGCACUACAACUUCGAGUAGCCGCCGCCGCCGACUAGCCCUGCGGCGCUCGAUGUAGACUUGCUGUGCUCUUGUACUCUGAACCUAUGAUGCUCCACUCCAGAGUUAACAGACCGUGUAAUAAAGCUCCGGAUUAGGGGACUACAAUGCUGUACUAUCUGUUUCAGAUCCCGUUCGGUUAGCUGUGAUAAGACCUGAAACUAUUCCAGCUGAUCAGUUUUAAUACAAAUAAAACUAUGGAACAGUUUU